AAAGAAGCAGCGUAGCCACCUGUCUGCGCUUACUCCUGUCGCACACUUCGACCACGAACACUUUUGAUUUCGCAAGCGCGCUUCGCAAAGACCUGAUGGACUUGGACUAUUUUCGCGUGGCAUCAGCGCUUACGAGGACGAGCGAGGGACUCGGUGGCGCAAAGGAUCUAACAGACCUGCUGCGAAUCGCAU